AUGGUGGGAGUGCUGAUUGUCCAGACCGAAGCGGGACUGCUGCCAGCAGCGGCACCUCUAGUGCCGGCAACCUUCCCUCAGCAGUUGUACGCUCGUUCGGCUUACAGCCAGGUCGUCGGUCGUAGCUAUGCUCCAUCGUCGUUUGUGCCAGUGGCCAGCGCUGGAAUAGCGUAUGCUGCCGCACCCGCCCUCGUUACCGGACCGGUACUGAAGACGCUAGCUCCGGCCCGAGCCGUCCCAGUGGCCCCAGCGCUUUCCUACGCAGCACUUCCUGCUCUCGGUUACGCCGCUGCUGCCGCUCCGGUGCCAACUGCCUUUGCACCGGCCGCUUUAGCCCGAGCGUAUGCUCCACUUCCUGCUCUUCCUACGCUUCCUGCCCUUCCAGCACUUCCUGCACCGAUCUUGCCCAGUGCACCGCUAGCUCCAGGCCUUGCACCGGUGGCCCCUUCCCAGCCAGGUGUGUUUGAUGCCCGUAAUGCACCCAAUGCUCCGGCCACACGUACCACCAACCCAACGAUUGUGUCCGCCUUCGGAUCUCCGGCCGGUAUUCGGCUAGUGGGACUACCGGGCGUGCAAACGGCUGUGCCCAACUCUCAGCAGAACCCACAGGAAGAGCAAACGAAUGUGGAAAUCGCCCGCGGUAGUCCAGCGAACGAACGUUCGGCUACCGGUGGACCGGUCGGUGCGGCUUCCAAUCAGGAAGCUUUCGGUGUUCCGGUGCCAUCGCAGCCAUCGCCAUUUAACGAGUACGGCGUACCAGCUCCGGUGACAUCCCGUGUCAACCCCUAG